AGUUUCUCGAUUUCAGCUUCACGUAGUGUACUGAUUUCUUUUUUAUUUAAAUACAGACUUUUUCAACUGAAGGUUUUUUUCUUUUCGAAUUUUAUGUAAAUUGAAGUGAAAUUAUUUUAUAUCGUAAUUAUAUUUAUCCUAGAGUGCUGUCAAAAUCACAACAACAAAAAAAAGAAAUACAAUGGCCCGAUCUUAUGCGUCUUCUUAUGGCAGAUUAAUGAUGGGAGCAGCUCUACGCAACAACAACAAGAAACGCAUGAUGUGCCCAGUGCCCUGGAUGCAUUAUUGCCAGGUGCGUGGUAAAUGCGAAUCGAGUGGCAUUGUUAUUGGACUGUAUCUCAAGGAGGGCGAGAAGGAUCCGCAAUUGUCGCCAAAUGGCGAAAAGCUCGAUGAUCGCGUUGGCGGCAAGAUCAGCGCACUGGUGAGGGAGACCGGUAUGAACGGCAAACUGGGCAGGGGACGAAUGUUCAGUAAUGUGGACAAGGAGUUCGCAUCAAUUGUCGUUGUCGGCUUGGGUCGCGAGGGCAUUGGCUACGAUGCCGAAGAGGUGCUCGAUGUGGGCAUGGAAAAUGCACGCAUCGCUGCCGCUGUUGGCGCCCGGGCUCUGCAAUAUCAGGGAGUCCAAAGCGUAUAUGUGGACAGUAUGGAAUAUCCGGAGCAGGCAGCCGAGGGUGCCUCAAUGGCCGUGUGGCGCUAUAAUGUGAACAAGCGAAAGCAUCGCCGCCUUGCUAUACCCAAGUUGGAACUGUACGGCUCAACGGAUGUCGACGCAUGGACGCGCGGACUCUUCAAAGCCGAGUCUCAGAACUUGGCAAGACGUCUCUCCGACACACCGGCGAAUCAGAUGACCCCGUCGAUAUUCGCGCAGGCAGCGAUCGACGCUCUGUGUCCCUGCGGCGUCACAGUCGAGGUGCGCACCAUGGAUUGGAUCGAAGAGCAGGCACUCAACUCAUUUCUGAUGGUCGCCAAGGGCUCCUGUGAGCCGCCCCUCAUACUGGAGAUAAGCUAUCGUGGCACCUCACCCGACGACCGACCCUUACAGUUGAUGGGCAAUGGGCUGACCUUCAACAGUGGUGGUCUCUGCUUGAAGCAUAAGAACAGCCUGCACAUGCAACGAGGAGCACUGACGGGUGCUGCCUGUUGUGUGGCAGCAAUUCGAGCUGCGGCUGCUCUAUCGCUGCCCAUUAAUGUCUCCGCCCUAUUGCCACUGUGCGAGAAUAUGCCCUCGGGCAUGGCAGCCAAGCCGGGUGAUGUGAUAACCCUGUUGAACGGGAAGACGCUGUGCAUCAAGGAUACCUCGAAUGCAGGCACCGUAAUGUUGGCCGAUCCGCUCAUUUAUGCGCAGACAACGCAGAAGCCACGACUUCUAGUCGAUGUCGGUGCACAUAACACGGGCGUGCAGUUUGGACUGGGUUCCUCCUCGACUGGACUGUGGACGAACAGCAGCGAUCUGUGGAAACAAUUUAGAAAGGCCGGCUCUUUAACAGGGGAUCGAGUGUGGCGCAUGCCUCUGUGGAAGCACUUUAAGGACUUGAUCGAACCGAAUAAGACGUACGAUAUGUGCAAUAAGGGACGAGGACCGGCCUCCUCUUGCCUAGCGGCUGCAUUGCUCCAUUCUAUUGUGGCCUGCGCCGAUUGGGUGCAUCUGGAUACGAGGGGCACGGGAAUGCUAGGCAAAGCCGGUGUGCCACCCUAUCUGCUAAGGGAUUCCAUGACGGGACGACCGACUCGCACCCUGAUACAGUUUAUGUACCAGAUGGCAUGCAAAUAGUAUUUGAUAAUAGCACAGACGAAGACACAGUUGAAUCUAGUGUCCGAUGUAGUUGAGACGAGUUGGGCAACAUUUUGCUCGAUUCACCUUUUAAAAAUUGUAAGUGUCCCCUGUGAUGCUGUUUGCAAUUAUAUAGUUUUACCGAUCACUAAGUAAAUUCUAGCAUAUGUGAAAGCAUUGUAAAUCAGACACAAGACAAACGAAAUAGUGUGUAUCGUAGCAUUUAUAUAAAUCCAAAUAUAUAAAUCUGAAAAUAG